CACUCGAUUGACAAUUGACAGUUUGUUUUAUGUUUUAAUUUUUAUUAGUCACAAAUUGUUUUUUAAAUAAAAUAAAUAAAAACAGACGUCCAUAUAAUCGAAAAUUAAUACACAGUUCAUAAAUUCUAUAACAGUGACCUUAUUUUUGUGCUCUCCGUCGUAUCGGUCUGAUUUCGUAUAGAUUUCAAGUUCCACUUUCACAAUGACUCUUGCAGAGUUUUUCAGCUGUUCCCUACUGGCUUUUGGUCCACCGGUAGCGAUGUUCGCUUUAACGAUAGCUAAAGAUCCAGUGAGAAUCAUUAUAAUGACAGCAGCUGCAUUCUUCUGGUUGUUAUCAUUUUUACUUUCAUCUGUUGUUUGGUAUAUUGUUACACCGUUACGGACAUAUUUAGCAUUUGGAAUGGUAUUUGCUAUCAUAUUUCAGGAAGGUUUCCGGUAUUGCACAUAUUUAUUAUUGAGAAAGACGGAAGCUGGUCUCAAAGAAAUAUCCGAAAACCAUGAAAUUGGCAAACAUAAGUUAGAAAUGGCUUACGUUUCUGGUCUUGGAUUUGGCUUUAUGAGUGGUGCUUUUGCACUUGUUAAUGUACUGGCAGACUCGAUUGGGCCAGGUACUCUAGGUCUUCAAAGCGGAACAGAAUUCUUCUUCGUGACCAGUGCUGCCAUGACACUAUGUAUGAUCCUGCUAAACACAUUUUGGAGUGUCAUAUUCUUCAAUGGUUUGGACGAGAAAAACUACAAAAAGAUUCUAUGGGUGAUCGGCUCACAUUUCUUUGUUUCCAGUCUUAGUUUGUUAAACAGAAAAGAAUUGUACUUGGCUACUAUAUUGCCCUCCUAUGUAGUUCUCUUAAUAACUGCAAUGUUAGCGUUUAAAUGUGCUGGUGGAUAUGUUGGUACCCUUCUACACACAUUUGUUAAUAAGCCUUAAUGUUAAGUAUUGUGACUUAUUUAUACAUUACCCCUUGAGAUGUAAAGAGUUAAUUUUAUGUCCUCCCAGUUGUUUGGUCCCUAUCUUGUCAAAACUACAUUUAAAAUAUGAAUUAAAAAUGUAAUUUCUCAAUGAAACUGAUGUUUCCACAGACAGAGAAGAAACCAGUGCUUUAUUUUCAGUAACACUGGAAACUGUAUUUACAAUUAAUGCUUAAAUACCAAAUAUAGAUUUACAAUAGAGUUUCAAGGAAUUGUUUUCAAUGUUUCAUGCAUUUCUGUUUAUUUAGUGAAAAGCAUAUAAAAAUCUGUUGAAAGUAAUCGGUAGUAGAUUAUUUUUUUACUUCAGGGACAUCAAAAAUAUCUAGAAAGAUUUGUUGGUCAUAAAAGACUGAAUUUGUCAAAUAAUUAUAUAUUUCUUUUAUUGUAGUGAUAAAAAUAGUAAUGGAAAGCUAGUAUUGAUUUGAUUAUUCAGUGAAUUGUAUACUUAUUAUAAUUUCACACAGAUAAUUAUUACGCAAAUACGAAAAAGGAGAUAGUAUUAACCCACACGUCCUUCAGGUAAAGAGUUUUGAAUUUAUUUUCGUCAGUAUCGAGAAUUGUAUUCAGAUCAAUGUAAAUUGUAAGCGAAUCUUUUAUGCUCAAGUUGGUAAUUCAAUAAAGGAUAUGUGUACUAGAGAAGUGACAUGUACCUUCCUUCUAACCAAUGAUUUUAGUAACAUAGAUAUGUAAGUUCAUUUAAUUUUUAUUUUACCGAUUUAUUCUUCACAAACGUUUUAUAAUUAAGAACUACAGCUAGAUAGGUUUUCAGUGUUUAAAUGUAAUUCAAUAAAUUGUGUAUGCCCUUGCCUCUUAAGAUAAGUAAUCAAUUUUGUAAAAAAUACCUCAAUGUACCUCAUUGAAAAAGAUUGGAAUUCAGUUAAUUUUAAAUACACAGGUAGUUCUGUGUUGCAAAACUAUACCAAUGUACAUUGUGACAAAUGCAUUACCAUUUGAAAUUUUGUUAAUAUUGUAUAAGUCAUCCUUUCUUCUCUUAUUAAAAUAACCUAUUCAAAGGAUCUCUGUUCAAAUAAAAAUCGAUUUUGUUUUAUUAUAUUAAUUUAUUUAAUGAAAACACAUCAUUCCUUAGAAAUAAGAUUGGACGGAAUACUUCAUGAUAAUGAAGACACUGUAUAUAUACUUUAGAUUACUUAAUUAAAUAAUGCUCUUUUAAUAAAAUAAUAACGAAAAAACAUCUUUGUUUUCCAGUUUAUCCUUCCAUACAGAAACAUUGAAGUGAAAUUUCUUAUGUU